UGAUGAGUGCGUGUGUGUGUGAGAGAGAAGGGUCGGUACCAGCACGUUACGUCCCGUGGACGAAGAUCUGCCGUCGGGUUGGUGCCUUCCCGUUCUCCUUCAACCCGCCCGCUCCCGACGCCGCUGAGCCGCGCGGGCCGUUCCUGCGGGCCCCGCCCCGUUUGUCCCUCGCUGGCGCCGCUUCCGUUCGCUUUCCGGCUGCCCGCCCGGCGUCCUGCUGUGUUUCUAUUGGCCCAGGGGCCGUCCUCCGCCAACCGCGCUCUGACUGCAGGAAGCGGCUCUGCCCGGGCGGGGCGGCGCCGAGGAGACGCGUGGCGGAGAGCGCGGAUCGGGAGCGGGGCUGCGGAGCUCAUGCGGCGGCGCGUGCGGCUGCUGACGGCGGCGCUGGGAGGCUGCGGGCUGCUGCUGCUGGGCUCGGCGCUGGCGGCGGGCGACGAGCGGCUCUACUCCGCGGCGGUGAUGCCCGCGCUCCGCGCCGUCACCCCGGAGGCCGCCCACGGCUUGGCCCUGCGCGCUGCCGCCCUCGGGCUUCUGCCGCCCGCCCGUCCCGACAGCCCCGCGCUGGAGGUGCGCGUCCUCGGGCUCCGGUUUCGCAACCCGCUGGGACUGGCGGCCGGCUUCGACAAACACGGCGAGGCUGUGGACGGGCUGUACAGGAUGGGCUUCGGCUUUGUGGAGGUGGGAACUGUCACGCCCGAGCCUCAGGAGGGCAACCCCAAGCCCAGAGUCUUUCGGCUGGUGGAAGACGAGGCAGUCAUUAACAGAUAUGGAUUCAACAGCCAUGGCCAUGCUGCGGUGGAGCGUAGGCUGCGGGCCCGCCAGGAGGCACAGCUCAAGCUCACAACUGUGGGGAUGCCUCUUGGAGUCAAUCUGGGCAAGAACAAGAGCUCUACAGAUGCUGCAGCUGACUACGUGGCUGGAGUCCAGACGCUGGGCCCCUUAGCUGACUAUUUGGUUGUGAAUGUGUCAAGCCCAAAUACUCCAGGGCUGCGGGACCUUCAGGGCAAGGCUGAGCUGCGGGACCUGCUGACCAAGGUGCUGGCAGAGAGGGACAUGCUGCCAUGUGAGCGUAAGCCAGCUGUGCUGGUAAAGAUUGCCCCGGAUCUCACUGAGCAGGACAAGCAGGACAUAGCUGGUGUUGUAUGUGAGGUUGGUGUGGAUGGACUGAUUGUCAGCAACACCACCGUCAGCCGCCCCAGUGGCCUCCAGAGCACACAGCGCCUGGAGUCUGGGGGCCUCAGUGGGAAGCCCCUGCGGGAGCUUUCCACACAGACAGUGCGGGAGAUGUAUGCCCUCACCCAAGGUAGGGACAGGGCAGGGCUCAGGGUGCAUCCUGUCCUCACCCCUGCUGUCCUGAUUCUGUACUUGCCCACAGGCCAGGUGCCCAUCAUUGGAGUGGGUGGGGUGAGCAGUGGCCGUGAUGCUUUGGAGAAGAUCCGUGCUGGAGCCUCGCUUGUACAGAUGUACACAGCACUAGUGUACCAUGGGCCCCCAGUGGUGGGAGCGGUGAAGCGGGAGCUGGAGGAGCUGCUAAGGGAGCAGGGGUUCAAGAGCAUCAUGGAAGCAGUUGGAGCAGAUCACCGGCGCUGACAGAUUGCAGGAUCAAGAUCUAGCCAAGAGGAGCCAUGGCAAACCAGGAAUGGCUGUGAUGUUUCCAGAGUGGUUAGGUUGGGACCAAGCCAAUGCCCUGGUCCUGGCCCUUGAGAAGGGUCAGUAAGAGGAGCUGGGGCUGUACUGGUGGGAAGCUGGGGAAGGGGUCUCUGUACUAAUGCCACUGCCCAGGGCUGUACUUUUGGCUUUCCUGUAGGCUGUGUUCCCCAGCAAAAGCAAGCGGUGGUCAGGUUCCACCUGAGAAAGGCCCUGGAGGAAGGCCAGCAGUGAAGUGAAAGAACAGUCUUGUGCCCACCUUCCCUAGAGUACUGACCAGAGCCCAAGCAAUGUUUUGGGUAUCCCUUCUGCCCUUCAGUUCUGGAACCUCUCCUGCUCCCUCUGGCUAGUGCUGGGUCAUGCACUACAGCCUCUGGAGUGACAUCUCUCCUUGCUUGUCCUCAUCUGCUCUCUGUACAGUGCUUUACUAAACCUGUGGGUUCUGAUCCUGACCUAGAGUUAAUAAACAUUUCUCUUACCUUG